CAGGUCCCGUCUUACGGAAAUCUUUUUGUCGGGAGAAGCUGCCCGUUCCGUGCCGUACUCACCGUCUAGUAGUGCAGUUCUGUGUAGCGACAUGUUGAGGCGGACAUGGAGCAUUCGAAGGCCGCAGGCGUACAGUCUGACUCGCCGGGUGGAUCCGGGGACUGCGAUGCAGCGAGAAAAAGGGAUGAUCAGAUGCCAAGUGACACUUCUGGACGACUGCGUGUUCACCUGUGACAUGGACAAAAACCAUCAAGGUGAGAUUCUACUGGGUGAGGUGGCCAAGCACCUUGAUCUGUUGGAGAAGGACUACUUUGGACUGGCUUACACCGACGAAGGCAUGAUGAAAUGGGUUGAAGCUGGCAAGCAGCUAAAGAAACAGUUCAAAGGUUCUCGUCUGCUAGCGCUGCAGUUCCGUGUCAAGUUCUACGUCCCUGACCCCAGCCACCUUCAGGAGGAGUUGACUCGCUACCUCUUCUUCCUCCAAAUCAAGAAUGACAUAUCCUCUGGCAGGCUUCCUUGUUCGUUUGAGUCGGCUGCUCUGCUAGGGUCGUACAUGGUACAAGCUGAGUUGGGUGACUACAGUCCCAGGAAACACCAGCAAGGCUAUGUCUCAGAGCUCCAGCUGUUCCCCGGGCAGACUGAGGACCUGGAGGAGAAGAUAGCCCAGUUCCAUCGCGAGCACUCCGGGAAGACAACCCAGGAGGCCGAGUUUCUACUCCUGGCCAACGCUAAAAGACUGGAGUUCUAUGGGGUGGAGCUGUUCCCUGCCAAAGACCACCAUGGAAUCGAUCUCUCUCUGGGGAUCACUACCGAUGGCAUCGCAGUCUUCAAGAGCAGAACUAUCAUCACUACCUUCCUAUGGAUCGACAUUCGCAAGAUCACGUUCAAGCGACGGAGGUUUUUCAUCGAGCUGCGGCCAAAUCAGGACACGGGGGAACAGAACGCGGUUGGAUUUCACAUGGAUUCCUACGACGCUGCAAACAGCUGUGGAAAGACUGCAUCGACUAUCACGCAGUUCUUCAGAACUGCUGAGACUAAUGCCAAGGGAUUCAUGAAACGCUCCAAGAAGAGAUUCAGUCGCACAGAGCGUCAGGUGAUGGACGAGAGUAAGCCUCUGGCUCUGAAGAGAUCGGCCAGCGUGAGAAUCAAGAGAGUGCCUCCCAAGAGACAGCCUCGACGAACUAUUGGGACUAAUCUUGGUGUACAGGGUGGUGGAGGAGCAAGUAUGGGUGGUAUACCGAGAAGAAACCGCUCGUUCAACAUGUAUGACAUAACCCAGAAGCCUCAAGUAACCAUCAGAGCCAAUGGCUACAGAGACAUGUCUGAGGAACCUGAUGACCAUUUCGACGACUAUCCUCCGCUCUCUCUUUCACAGCAAGCAAUCACAGUAUCUGACGACAUGACCGGUCAAUUCACAUUGGCAGCUCUAGAGGAAGAACACUACCCUAUAACUCACAGAAGGGUCAGCGACCUCGAACAAGGACCGACAGAUUACUAUGACGACCAGGUCAAGCAGGAAGAAGAGAUUGGGAACGUUUGUAUGGAUGAUUUGGCAUCAGAGGGGCUACUGCUCAUCAGAUUGGAGGCAGACGAGAGAGGGAGAUAUGGGUUCAACGUCAAGGGUGGGGUGGAUCAGAAGAUGCCGGUACUGGUUUCAAAGGUGUCUCCACAGUCACCAGCAGAGAAAAGCAACCCGCCGUUAGAAGAAGGGGACCAGUUACUCUACAUCAACAGUAAGCCAGUGUCUCACUCCAGACACGAGGAGGUCAUCUCAUGAUACGAGCCAGCAGAGACAAGACACCCAUGGAGCUCAUCCUCAUCGUCAAGCCAAAGGACCUCUCGCGAACCAACCCCAUUGUCAGAACUCAGACAACCGAGUCAGCUACCUCGGACCCUGGCCAGCUCCUGAGACAGUCCCUCACAUAUCUCAAGGAGAGUCUCUCAAACAGCAUGGGUCUACUGCAGUUUGAUAGGCUCUACCGCAGGAAACCUGGGAUGGCGGCCAUAGCAAGCAAACUACCUCAGAAUCUUGUCAAGAACAGAUACCGAGACAUAUCAGCCUACGAUGCCACCAGAGUCCAUCUUCGAGAAGGGCCGGACUACAUCAAUGCCAACUUCGUCAAUCUUGAGGUGGAAACGACUGGGCAGAUAGUGAGCUACAUUGCCUCCCAAGGUCCCAUGCAGCACACAUGCAAGGAUUUCUGGCAGAUGGUGUGGGAGCAGUCGUGUGAGCUGGUCAUCAUGCUCACGGAAGUGGUGGAGAAUGGAAAGGUGAGAUGCUGCCAGUAUUGGCCGGAGAAAAACUCCACAAAGGACUAUGGCAAGUUCCAGGUCAUGACUCUACUAGAGCAGGUCGACAGAGUAUACAUCACACGGAGAUUCAAGCUACGAAACAACCUGACUGGAGAGGAGCACACAGUCACUCAGAUGCAGUACAUCGACUGGCCAGAUCACGGAAUUCCCGGCAGCAAAGUUGAUUUCCUGAGGUUCGUGCAGGCAGUUAAAAAGUUGAGGGAAAGCAUUGAAGGUCCAAUCACAGCACACUGCAGUGCUGGUAUUGGUCGAACUGGAGUUUUCAUGUUGAUGGAGACAGCCUUGUGCAAGAUGGAGGUCUUGGAACCCAUCUAUCCUCUGGAGAUUGUUCGUGCGAUGAGAGACCAGAGAGGAAUGGUCGUUCAGACUCCGAUCCAGUAUCAGUUUGUUUGUGAGAGUAUCUUGAAAGCCUAUGAAGAUGAUUACGUAGAAAUUGAGUUGCCACAUCUCUCAACAUCUUCACUGAACUUUCGCUGAUUCAUACAAAAAUUACUACUUUUGUAGGACUUAACAUAAAUUAAUGUCACAAUCAUUGGUGUUCAGUUUCACAGUACAUAUUAUAUUCAGGACUCAAAUUUUUUCAUCCAACGUUUUUGUCAUAAUACACAUUUUGAACGGAUAACUACUUUUUGUACAUUAUGUUUAUUACAGUAAUAGCUGCUUGCAAGUGCCAUUGACGCUAAGUGGAGCCAAGGGUGCUCAUGAUCAGUUUUACGUUGGUGAUGUUACGCAAUUGUGCAAAUGAUAAUAAUAUUAUAUGUAUAUUUAAAGUGGCAAAAAUAAUAACAUCUGAAUAUUCAGAAAAGUGUGCAAAUGAGUUCAAUCGGUCGUCGGAGAAUGGUUGCUAUAUAUCUGUCCAUGGAUUUCAUCAUGAUCAAGCAGCUAGGGUAUGAAAAUGAAACCCUAGAUCUUUGUGUCGAAUUGUGGAGAGGAAUUCUUUCUUUGUUCACAGACGAGACAGCUUCUUCUUUAUAGAGGCCACGAGUCGCUUGGCAUAGUUUUUUCGCUUGGGGUGGACGCACUCGGCCGCCACGCCGAAGAUAGCUUCCACGUUUUCAUCGGUCACUGCUGAGCAAUCGAAGUAGGCGCUGGCUCCCGUUCGCGAGAGAAGUUCAGUUAGUUCUUCCUCGCCGAGAUCGCAGCAGGUUCCUUCCUCGCAUACGCAACCUUGAGGCCCGUCGCACAUCUCGUCUCUCUUGCACCCGGCGAUGAUGAACGGAACUCCGGGGCAGUUUCUGUUCAGCUCGGGCAGCCACUUGCUCUCUACGCUCUUCAACGUUUCUUUACGCGUCAGAUCGAAGCAAAGAACGACGGUGUUGGAGCAAACGUACGAGAGGCCGCGGACUGCUUCAUUGCUCGACGAGGUGUCGAGGACGGUGAGAUGACAGACGCCCUUGCGUGUUUCUAUUUCGCUGGAGAAGUCUUCUACGGACUCAGUGGGACAGUAGUAGUCAAUGAAGAGGUUCUGGGUGAACUUGACGGCCAAUGCCGUCUUGCCGCACGCGGCAUCGCCGACCAGCGCAACUCGGACCUUUCCUUGGAGAGUCAUAUCGGUCAUAUCGUUCCGAGAACUGUGU